CGGCCCGGCCGUAGCGGAGCGCGGAGCGGCGGCGGAAGGGGGGCCAUGGCCGACCCCAGCCACAUCCAGUCGGCCGCCUCCAAGAGCAUCCGCCCCUUCCGCUCCAGCGAGGAGUACCUGGAGGCCAUGAAGGAGGACCUGGCUGAGUGGUUCAACACCCUCUACGACCUGGACAUCCAGGUGGACACCUUCCUGGAGAGCCUGGAGACGGGAUGUCACCUCUGCCGCCACGCCAACAACGUCAACCGCACCGCCCUGGACUUCCAGGAGCGGCACCCGGAGGCGGCCGCCCGCAUGCGAGUGCCCCAGAACGAGGUGGUCUUCCAGGCCAAGAACGUGGUGCCCGGCUCCUUCAUCGCCAGGGAUAACGUCUCCAACUUCAUCCAGUGGUGCCGGCAGGACCUGGGCAUCCAGGACGUGCUCAUGUUCGAGACCAACGACUUGGUGUUGAAGAAGAACGAGAAGAACUUUGUCCUCUGCCUGCUGGAGGUGGCCAGGAGGGGCUCCAAGUUUGGGAUGCUGGCCCCCAUGCUGAUCCAAAUGGAGGAGGAGAUCGAGGAGGAGAUGAGGGACCAAACGGCCGACGGCGCGCUGGGCACGCGCCGGGAGAGCCGGGACCCCCAGGCGGGCGCCUACCCCAGCCGGGCCCGGCCCAUCACCCUGUGCGACCUCAAGAACCUGGACGAGCUGGUGCGGGAGAUCCUGGGCUGCUGCUCCUGCCCCUCGCAGUUCCCCAUGGUCAAGGUCUCGGAGGGGAAGUACAAAGUGGGCGACUCCAACACGCUCAUCUUCGUCCGAGUGCUGAGGAGUCACGUCAUGGUGCGGGUGGGCGGCGGCUGGGACACACUGGAACAUUACCUGGACAAGCACGACCCGUGUCGCUGUGCUGCCCUCGCUCACCGCCUGCCCCAGCCCCGCACCCCGGGCAUGUCCCCCCAAAAAGCAGCCCCCGGCACCUCCUCGUCCCGCGCCUCCAGCCCCAGCACCCCCCGGCGCCCCCGGCCCGCCGGGCCCCCCCCGGCCGGGGCGGAGCGGGGUCCCCAGCCCCGGGGGGACGCCCCGAAGCCCCUCAAGCAGGAGGGUUUGCCCCCCCGAGGGGCUGCAGCCCCCCGCUCCGGCUCUGGCAGCCCCUCCAGGAGCCCCGCGGAGCCGCGGGGAGCGCUCAGGCCGCGCGCCCCGGCGCGCUCCCGGCGCUGCUCGGGCGACAGCGACUCCUCGGCCGCGUCCGCGCAGAGCGGCCCCCGCCGCCCCCCGGCCCGCCGGGACCCCGCCGACCCCCCCGGCCCGCCGGGCUCCCCCCGAGCCCCCCGCGCCCCCGCGUCCCCCCGAGGCUCCCCCCGCUCCUCCCGCAGCCCCGCUCCGCUGCUGCUCAUCCGCCGCCGGCCCGACGGGCAGCACUCGUGGGCACGGCCGGAGCCCCCCACGGCCGGGACCGGCCCCGCUGGGGGCUCCGGGGGGCGGCGCGACCCCCGGCCCGGCCCCGGGGACCCCGAGGAGCUGGCGAGGAGGCUGCGGGCCCCGCGCUGGCUGGAGCCCGGGCAGGAGCAGCGGCUGUUCCAGCGGCUGGAGGAGGAAUUCCUGGCCAACACGCGGCUGCUGGAGCAGCUGGGGGACACGGAGAGCGCUCCCCCCGGGCCCCCCGCCACCGCUGACUCGGCCUAUUGCUCCUCGUCAUCCUCGUCUUCCUCGCUGAACGUCUUCGCCAAGCACGGGCUGCCCGCCGAGGACGGGCGGCGGGGCGGGAACAGCGAUGGGAACAGCGGGAACAACAGCGGGAACAACAACGGGAACAACAACGGGAACAACAGCGGGAACAACAACGGGAACAACAACGGGAACAACGGGAACAACGGCGGCUGCCCCCCGCUGCCCUCCAACCCCACCCUGGCAGAUGCGAGGCGCCGCUCCACCUUCUCCAGCUCCUCCGACGAGAGCUGCUGCUUCCCGGCCUCCUGGGACAACCGGGAGACAGCGGGGAACCCGGGCUCCGACACCGACUGGGCGACCGGGGAGGACGAGCUGAUGGAGAUGGAGGAGACCCCCGGGCCCCCUCCGCGGCCCUGGGCCAAGCCCCGGCUGGACACGCAGCCCCACAAGGCGCCGUCCCGGAUCCCCACGCCCCGGGGCUACGGGACAGGCGCCCAGCGGGCCCCGAACGGCAGCCCCAGGGCCUGGGGGGCUCUGCAGAGCGUCCCCCCCUCCCUCCUGGAGCCCCCCUGGAACCCGCGGGAGCGCGGGGGGCUGGAGGAGAACGCGUGGCCGUGAGGGGUCGAUGGCCAUGGCAACUCCUGGUGGCUCCUGGGGACAUCCCCGAGCUGCUGCGGGGGGACUGAGGUGGCUCCUGUGUGGAGGUGCCCGGCCAGGCAAUGGCCACAGAGCUGGGGUGGCCAGGACCUCUUCACUUGGUGGCUGUUGGCAUUGGGGUGGGACCUGCAAGGAGCCCCCAGCCAGGCCCAGAGGGUGCCAGAGGUGUCCCCAGGCCAUGGGGAGCAGCUCCACAGCGGGGGCUGAGCUGGCACCUGGGAACGGGGCUGGAGAGCACUCGGUUCUUCCCUUCUUGGUCUUCAUCUCUCAUUCUUCACUUGUUUUCAUCAUCUUGACCUUUUCUUGUCUUCUCCUCGCUAUUUCUUGUCAUCCUCCUCAUCUCAUCUUCUCUCUCUUCUCUUGGGCUGCCUCCUCCUCCUCUCCUCUUGGCCUUCACCUCCUUGUCCCUCAUCAUCUUCUCUUCUUGACCCUCCCCUCUUUUCUUCUUGGCCUCUUGUCAUCACCUCCUUGGCCACUUCCUCAUCUCUGCAGUCUCUUCUCCCCACCCCUGGGAUGACUUUGGGACAUGUUGGUCACCACUACCCCUAUUUCAGGGCAGGGGGGGUCACUCCUCCCUCUCCAGCCCCCAGCUGGCCACAGCACUGCCCACAGCUCGUGUUGAUGUCCCCAGGGUGGGACAGGGCUGUGUCCCCAGCCCAGGCCACCGUGGCCCCCACCCCUGUGGCCCUGCAUGUCCUCUCCAGCCAGUAAAGACCAACGGAGCUGA